CAAUUUGUUUUCUAUCUUUCAUCAUUCAUCGAUGCACGUUUUUCGUUUUUUAACUUCUUUUUAAAAUUAUUAUCGCGUUGUUAUAAAUUUAUUUUAUCAAUUCUGCUUGCGAAUAAUCGGCGUUCCGACGAUUAGGUGUAGCGUGAACUAUUUAAUAUAUUUUGUACUCAAACACGUGAGACGUUUUCCAAUGAUUUUCCAACUGCAUGACGAGGUUAGGUUCAAAGUUAGUGAAUAUGAUCUUUUCGCGCGCUACUGGAUUUCUUUCCAGGUACCUGUAUCACGGAGCUCGACGUUGUUUAAAUAACGAACAUGUUAUUUCGACAUCAGUGGAAACGCAGAAUGAAGGUAGAAAUGAAAAUCACAUUGUCUGGCUGGAUAUGGAGAUGACAGGGUUAGAGGUGGAAACAUGUCAUAUCUUGGAACUUUCAUGUUUCAUAACCAACGAACAGUUAGAGGUUACAAGUGAUUACUUGAACGUUGUUAUACAUCAGCCAGAUAAAGUCUUGGAGAAUAUGUCUGAUUGGUGCAAACUACAACAUAGAAAGACUGGCUUAAUCGAUGAAUGUCAAAUGAGUAAGAUUACAUUAGAGGAGGCACAACAAAAGACAUUGCAUUUUUUGGAGAACUACGUCCCGAAAGGAAUAUGUCCAUUGGCUGGAAACUCGGUCUACAUGGAUCGCAUUUUCCUGAAAAAGUACAUGCCAUUGAUCAACAAUUAUUUGCAUUACAGGAUCAUCGACAUUAGCUCAAUUCAAGAGUUGGCUAGGAGAUGGCAGCCAAGAAUAUGUAAAGCAGCUCCAAAAAAACAACAUGUUCACAGAGCUGCACUCGACAUAAAAGACAGUCUAAACGAGCUUCGUUAUUAUAAGAAAAAUCUGUUUGUAUCAUAAAGUUAAAAAUGGAUAGUUUUGACAAUUAUUCAUUUUUCUAUUGCUGUAAUUAAACGACUUGUUUAUAUAUAUAUGUAAGACAGAGGACUGA